GACACACACUGAGGCGGGGCCGGGGCCGCCCCGCUCCGGGCUCGGCGAGGAGGAGGCGGAGGCCGGGGAGAGCAGGAUGACGGUGCUGCAGGAACCCGUCCAGGCUGCUAUAUGGCAAGCACUUAACCACUAUGCUUACCGCGAUGCCGUGUUCCUUGCAGAAAGAUUAUAUGCAGAAGUACAUUCGGAAGAAGCACUGUUUUUACUGGCAACGUGUUACUACCGCUCAGGAAAGGCCUAUAAAGCAUACAGGCUCCUAAAGGGACACAGCUGUACUACCCCACAAUGUAAAUACCUGCUUGCAAAAUGUUGUGUUGACCUCAGCAAGCUUGCAGAAGGAGAGCAGAUCUUAUCUGGUGGAGUGUUGAAUAAACAGAAAAGCCAUGAUGACAUUGUUAUGGAGUUUGGUGACUCUGCAUGCUUUACACUCUCCUUACUGGGACAUGUCUACUGCAAGACAGACCGGCUUGCCAAAGGAUCAGAAUGUUACCAAAAGAGCCUUAGUUUAAAUCCUUUCCUCUGGUCUCCUUUUGAAUCGCUAUGUGAAAUAGGUGAAAAACCAGACCCUGACCAAACAUUUAAAUUAACAUCUUUACAGAACUUCAGCAGCUGUCUGCCUAACACUUGCACAACAUUGGUAUCUAAUCACAACAUAUCCCAUAGACAGCCUGAGACUGUCCUUAUGGAAACGCCGCAAGACACAAUUGAGUUGAACAGAAUCAACCUAGAAUCCUCCAAUUCAAAAUAUUCCUCCUUGAACACGGAUUCUUCUAUGUCUUACAUUGACUCGGCUGUAAUUUCACCAGAUGCUGUCCCUCUUGGGUCAGGAACUGCCAUAUUGUCUAAACAGGCUCAAAAUAAACCAAAAACGGGGCGGAGUUUACUGGGGGGACCUGCGGCUUUGAGCCCACUAACUCCAAGCUUUGGAAUUUUGCCACUAGAAACCCCAAGCCCUGGAGAUGGAUCGUAUUUACAAAACUACACAAACUCUUCUUCUGUAAUUGAUGUGCCAUCCACAGGAGCACCUUCAAAGAAGAAACUUUGUGUUAUGCAGACUGUCAGCAGGAUAAGCCAAGCUGGAACAAAAUCUGUCUUCUCACAGAGCGGAAAUAGCCGGGAAGUCACUCCAAUUCUUGUUGCACAAACACAGAGCUCUGGCCCACAGACAAGUACAACACCUCAGGUAUUGAGCCCAACAAUUGCUGCUCCACCAAAUGCACUGCCUCGAAGAAGCUCUCGCCUAUUUACUAGCGAUAGCUCUACAACAAAGGAAAAUAGCAAAAAACUAAAAAUGAAGUUUCCACCUAAGAUUCCAAACAGAAAAACAAAAAGUAAAACAAAUAAGGGAGGAAUAACUCAACCAAACUUAAAUGACAGUUUGGAAAUUACCAAACUGGACUCUUCCAUCAUUUCAGAAGGGAAGAUUUCCACUGUUGCGCCACAGAUCCAGGCUUUUACGCUACAGAAGGCAGCAGCAGAAGGUUUGAUGAGCCUUCUUCGUGACAUGGGGAAAGGUUAUUUAGCCUUGUGUUCAUACAACUGCAAAGAAGCGAUAAAUAUUUUAAGCCAUUUACCGUCCCACCACUACAACACUGGCUGGGUGCUGUGCCAAAUUGGGAGAGCUUACUUUGAACUUGCAGAAUAUAUGCAGGCUGAGAGAGUAUUUUCGGAAGUAAGGAGGAUUGAAAACUACAGAGUAGAAGGCAUGGAGAUCUAUUCGACUACGCUGUGGCAUCUGCAGAAAGAUGUUGCUCUUUCAGUUCUUUCAAAGGAUUUGACGGAUAUGGAUAAAAACUCACCGGAGGCAUGGUGUGCUGCAGGAAACUGUUUCAGCUUGCAACGAGAGCAUGACAUUGCAAUCAAGUUCUUCCAGAGAGCCAUUCAAGUUGAUCCAAACUAUGCUUAUGCCUACACCCUGUUGGGGCAUGAAUUUGUGUUAACAGAAGAACUAGACAAAGCAUUAGCUUGUUUUAGAAAUGCAAUCAGAGUCAACCCUAGACACUAUAAUGCAUGGUAUGGGUUGGGAAUGAUUUAUUACAAACAGGAAAAAUUCAGUCUAGCAGAAAUGCAUUUCCAGAAAGCACUUGAUAUCAAUCCUCAGAGCUCAGUCUUACUAUGUCACAUUGGAGUAGUCCAGCAUGCACUGAAAAAAUCUGAAAAGGCUUUGGAUACUUUAAACAAAGCUAUUAACAUUGACCCCAAGAACCCGCUAUGCAAAUUCCAUAGAGCUUCUGUAUUAUUUGCAAAUGAAAAAUACAAGUCUGCUUUACAAGAACUUGAAGAACUGAAACAGAUUGUUCCCAAAGAGUCUCUUGUUUACUUUUUAAUAGGAAAGGUUUAUAAAAAACUGGGUCAAACGCAUUUGGCCCUAAUGAAUUUCUCAUGGGCAAUGGACUUAGAUCCCAAAGGAGCCAAUAACCAGAUUAAAGAGGCCAUUGAUAAACGUUACCUUCCAGAUGAUGAGGAACCAAUAACUCAAGAAGAGCAAAUCAGUGAAUGUUACCCCUAUGAAUCAGUUGGCACAGACGAAUCCCAAGAGAGCAGCAUGACGGAUGCAGAUGACACACAGCUCCACGCAGUUGAAAGCGAUGAAUUUUAACCUCCAAAAGCCAGUAUCUGAGCUUGAGUGUGUGACUGGUACUGUUGUGUUCUCCCCUUCCUUCGCAUCCUGGGUCUUCACAUCACUGAGCCAGCAUUGUCAUUAUUCUCCGCUGGCACCAUGAGUACACCACUCAGACUUAAACUGUACGCAGAGUUAAUGGCAGUGCAAUAUUCAGCUGCUACUGGGUCUGACUAGUUGGCUCUUACACGUUCAUGAAAGUGACUGAGGAGGAAAUGCUAUUUUUGGACUCCCCUUUGCUGGAAAAAUAUCAUGGAAGAAAGACUUGUGGUUUGUUGUAACGAAGCCAGUAGAUGUGGGGAUAGUACUAAUGAAGCAGUGUCUUGUUCUUUUUCCGGAAAUGUGUCUUAGUUUGGUUCUUUCUUGGUAAGCAGAGUGCUGAACCUCAUUUCCAAGUUCUUCAAGGACAGUGUUGACAAAUGCAGGCUGUUAAAGACUUUUUUGCAUAUUGUAGUGUAACUUAAAUGCCAGGGAAUGUAAAUGACCUUAAAGCUGCAGUGUCUCCAGUGAACAAACACAACGCACGUGCUCAGGACUGGGAGUGUGUCAGGCGACGUACAAUAUCCAGUGUCCCUACUUAGAGCGCAAACUUGCAGGAGUGGGAACGUAGCAGGAGAAUUACAUUGCAGAAUCAAAGCUUUCAUGAAAUGCUUUCAUGUUCUAACCGAGAAUUAAUUUAUUCACCUAGUUUCUGAAAGGUCAGUGUUUACUUUGUACUUCAGAGAAACAAGUCAGCAACACCUUGCAUCAUUUUUCAUAAACCCCUUGACUUGUUCUUCCCCUUUUAAGAAUGCACAUUAAUAAAGGGCAAAAUCAAGAGAGAAACGUAGAUGCAACUGUAGCGUGAAAACAUCAAACCCUUAAUCCAGAGUGACUGUGUGUUUCUAAGCAGAGAGACUGGGAAGACCGUGGAAGCCUUAAUACAAUCAGAACCUUAGUCAAACGCAUCAAAUAAUUGUUAAAGAUCAGUAUCAUUUUUAAAACUGUUUUGUAAAGCGUGGUCCAAGCAGAAUGCAAAAAUGUGCAAUUAUCUGUCUUUCUCCCUUUUUUUUUUAAGCUGUUCUUUAAGAUUAUCACUCUAGGAUCACUUUCCUCUUCUACAGAGGCUGCUUCUCUGAGAAGAAAGCUACGCCACGUUAAGGAGUCCAAAAUGAUCUUUCUCUGUAGCAUUCUGCAGUAACAAUUGGUGCCCUUUAUGCAGUGAUGAUAAAGAAAGUGUAUGAUAUAAGCAGUUUUAAAGAGCAAUUUAUGCAUAAUAAAUUGGGAAUGAUAUAAAUUUCAUAGCAACAUAUUUGUUGUGAUCAGUCUUAAUGUUCGGGUGGUUUUUUUUUAAUGUAUUGGUUUUUAGGGGUCUCUUAGUUACCUUUAGAACUUCAGUUUUUUAAAUUCUGUCCUUAUCUUACACUGGGCACAUCUUCUGUCACAGCUCCUCGCUGGUCAUGAGCCACAUGGACACCUUUAUCAUUUGAAAAAUAAUCCUCAAAUGCUGAGCAAAAAUAUAAUUCUCUGAUUUUUUAUUUUUUUUUUAAGUAGGAGGAUAAGCAGUGAAAAAUAGGCUUAAACUCCCCUAAUAGCCUGAAAAGGAAUUUCUAAAAUCUGAGGAAUGAUACUAUAUUAAAGGAGCUUUGUGCCUCUGCCACGUACUUCUGAUCAGCUUGUGUCUGGAAGGUUGACGAACUGACUGGCAAAUCAUGACACGUUUCAGCUGGCUUGAGCGUACUGAAUCUUGCUCUGCGUUUUGUGGCGAUAGAUAUUCCGGGGCGAUUCCCUUUCCUGAUGAGUCCUUCCCGAGGAAGACACAGGGUUCAGAUUUCCCGAGAGCUGAUCCGCAUCGACGGUAGAGCUCACGCACAGUGCUCUUGAGUUACCCCUGUCUGUCCUGGCGUGGUUUUCCCAUCCAGCUGCGGAGCGCGUAUGCGGCUUCCCGGUGCGUCCCUCGCAAGGAGGAGGUUCUGAGCAGCACCUCAGCGUAAGGUCUGGAGGCAGCGCUUGUGUAAAUGCCACCAAUUAACGGGUUAAUUGGCUUCCUUUUGGUUCCCAACAUAUUUUCUAAGCAAAAAGCAGGAGUAAGCAGGUGCUGCUCUCAAGAAUUUUUCCCGUAACAAAUGUUUAAAUGGGGACCAGAGAUGUAGGAAAUGAGGUGGCUUUUUCCCUUUUCUUUUGUUCUCUAAAAAUUGUGAACAAUUGUAGUAAAAUAUUCAACACCCUGGAAAGAGCUCUUAAUUCAGCUGGGAUGUUUAAAAGGAUAUUCAUGCUACCUGGAAGAUUUAAUAGUUAAAACUGUCCCUUGCUUUAUAUGGUCAUCAUACCUUAAAGUGAUUUUUUUCUUUCUUCCCAAGAAUCUCAAGUAACAUUUAGACCACGCUGCUAUUUUACCUUCUAAAUAGAUACACAAAAUUAGUAUUUAAUCAAUAAAAUUUUGCUCUCUUUGAUGAGGGGCAGGGAGAAGGACGGCGAGCGUGAAGGCACUCUGGCAGCCAGGUUAGAGCAAGUGUGUUCACUGAAAAGAAUUAGGGAACUGUCAUUUUCUUACAACAAAACUAUGGAAAAAUGCAAAGUGUGGGUGUGGUGUGUACUAUUUGCAUUGAAACAAUGUAAUUUGUCUUUUUCUUUUUUUUUUGCUUUUCCCGACUUUUUAUUUCAAAAAUUGUACAGUCUUAGGAAAAAAAAAAAGUCUUUUCUGUUAAUAUAUUUGCGAUUCAUUAAAGGAUGUGGAAAAUCCAAAUAAACUACUUUUAAAAGCAG